AUGGAAAGGCUAGAUAUGGAUCUUCACGGGCUUUCAAGCGAAGAUGAAGCUCCACCUCAUGAAAAAGAUACUGACUCCCCCUUCGUAAGCGAACAAAACCUUUAGAAAAUUUCCUAGUUUUUAGGUAAAAACUCCCAUGAGCAAACCAUUUUUAAACAGCUUGCAUUUUAAAACAUAAAUUUUAUAAAUUAAAUUAAUAUUUGCUUUAAAGUUAUGAAUUUACUAUAAAAUUUAUAUUUAAAAAAAAUUAACACCACAGAGUGGAGUGAGUACAUACCUGAGUCCAAUGCAGGAAGGCCACCUACCAUUGCGCUGGUAGAUUCCCAGACAAAACUUCAGAUGCUCAUGGACAAGAUUGAUGCAUUGACGCACUCAUUGAACCAAUUUCAGCAACGUCAAGCCACAGCCAGCAAUAUAGGAAAGAGAAGGCACGGUCCUGAAGGUGAAGAUGAAAAAGAUUUAAUUAGUGCUGAUAACUCAAUUUACACCGUAAAAUUGACUGAGCAGCCUUCAAAUAUCAUAAAUGGGACAAUGAGAGAAUAUCAAUUAGAAGGGCUCAAUUGGCUGCUAAAAAUGAACGCAUGCAAGGUAAGUGCGAUUCUUGCUGAUGAGAUGGGCUUGGGCAAAACCCUUCAAACAAUAUCUUUGUUGGCCUAUUUGAUCUUGAAUGGGGAAACCGCGCCAAGUAUUGUCUUAGUCCCUAAAAGCACACUUUCCAAUUGAGUGAAAGAGUUUCAUUUCUGGGCGCCUUCUGUUCAGAUUUUUGAGUUCUAUGGAAAUCUUGAGGAGCGUGAGCAGCUGAGGCCAAAGGUCCCAAGGACUAACACUUAUAAUGUUUUACUCACCACUUAUGAAAUUGCAAUGGCUGAAAAAACAGUUCUCAAAGGGGUAAAAUGGAAUUAUGUCAUCGUAGAUGAAGCCCAUCGCAUCAAAAAUGAGAAAUCAGUGCUUUCCAAAAUUGUCAGACUUUUUUCCACAAAGUUGAAACUGUUAAUAACAGGCACUCCUCUGCAAAACAAUUUGCAUGAACUUUGGUCGCUUCUGAACUUCUUAAUGCCGGAAAUUUUUGUGUCUUCUGAUGAUUUUGAUCAAUGGUUUGACUUAAAAAACGCAAAUGCAGAUAAUCAGGAUUAUCUUGUAAGGCAGCUGCAUAGGGUGUUAAGACCAUUUAUGCUAACUAGCCCCCUAAUAAAAUUUUGUUCGCUUAACUUUUUUAAAAAUUUAUAUAUAAAUUAAUAGUAAUUUUUUUUUGAAAUUUAAAAACAUCCAUUUGCAAAAUUAAUUUAAUUAAUAAAUUUUGUGUUUAAAAUGCAAGCUGUUUGAAAUUAAAUAGAACUAGCUCGUGAUUUUUAAUUAUAAUAAUUAUCACUUAUAUAUCGAAAUGUUCUUUCAUAAUAAAAAGAAAAUUGUGUUGUUCACAUAGGGGGUGAGUUUUUGCCAAAAAAAGGAUUUUUCUAAUAAUUUUGUUCGCUAAAGGAGGGGGAGUAAGAAGGCUUAAAAGAGAAGUGGAAUCAAAGCUUCCACCUAAAAACGAGCUAUACGUGUUUUUAGGGAUGACCAAAACACAGAGAGAAUUAUAUAAAACUAUUCUCACUAAAAACAUAGAAGUUAUAAAUGGAUUUGGAGAAAGAAGUCAAUAUAUGAAUACUAUUAUGCAGCUUAGAAAAGCAUGCAAUCAUCCUUAUCUAUUUGAAGGAAUCGAGCCAGGCCCACCAUUUGUGGACGGAGAUCAUCUUAUAGAUGCCUGCAUGAAGUUUAAAUUUUUGGAUAAAUUAAUACCAAAACUAGUCCAAGGAGGCUCAAAAAUUUUGAUUUUUACACAAAUGACUAGAUUACUAGAUAUUCUUGAUGAUUUUCUGAAUAUGAGAGGAUAUAGGUUUUGUAGAAUUGAUGGAAAUACGCCUUAUCUUGAUAGAGAAUCUCAGAUAGAUGAGUUUCAAAAAGCAGAUUCCAGUGUAAAUAUAUUUAUUUUAUCGACAAGAGCAGGGGGAUUAGGCAUAAAUCUUCAAUCUGCAAAUACUGUAAUAAUAUAUGACUCUGACUGAAACCCACAAGUAGACUUGCAAGCUAUGGAUCGAGCUCAUAGGAUUGGUCAAACUAGAACUGUUACUGUUUAUAGAUUUGUGACCGAAGGCACUGUAGAAGAAAAAAUCGCAGAGAGAGCAGCAAAAAAGCUCAAAAUGGAUCACUUAGUUAUUCAGAAAGGAGCUUUGGCUUCACAGAAUAAAGCGCCUUCUGCACAAGAAAUGAAGCAAAUUCUGCAAUUUGGUGCUCAGCAAGUGUUAAAAACAGCACACGAUGAUAUCGCAGAUGAAGAUAUCGAUACUGUUCUACAAUACGCUCAAGAAAAAACUGAAAAAAUAAAUGAAGAGCUUACCAAACUAGAAGAAGCAUUUAAUUUAAAAGACCUUAGCUUUGAUGGAGCUCUUCUCUAUGAAUUUGAAGGCGAAAAUUAUAAAAAUGUUGAAAAAGAGCACAUAAGUUUAGGCAAAAGAAACAGAAAAGCAACAGGCUCUUAUGAUACGAAUAAAAACUCCUCAGCACAAAAAAAAGAUAAGUCUAAACGAGGAUGAAGAGCUCUUGUAGGAGGCGGCCACCCUCACCAGUUUUUUGAUGACGAAGAGCUCGAUAAACUUGACCAAAAAGAAGAGGCCUGAAAUGAAUAUUUAAAUACAAAAACCAAAAGAAGAACUCGUGGCGAAGCGGCAGCUGAUAAACCACUAGCAUUCACUGAUAAAGAUAAAGCUUAUAGAAAAGAGCUGCUAAAUGAAGGCUUCGCUAAUUGGACAAAGAGAGAAUUUAACAGUUUUAUUACAGGCUGCGAAAUAUAUGGAAAAGAAAAUUUUGAAGAAAUCCAAGAAGAAGUCGGCACAAAAACCCUCAAAGAAGUAAAAAAAUACGCAAAAGCUUUCUGGGAACAUUAUGCGUCAAUGCCAAAUGGAGCAGAACUUGUAGAAAGAAUAGAGCAAGGACAAAGGGACAGAGAAAGACUAUCAAAAAUCGAGACUAUUUUGGGGAAAAAACGAGCGAAAAUUGAGGCUGGGGAGCCGAUAGAAUACCCAGCAGAUUCUGAACCCUCACAUUUUUCGAGAGAAGAAGACGAGUUUUUAUUAAAACAGCUUAUAGGCAAGGUAUACGGAGAAUGGGACGAUAUUAAGAGUGAAAUCCAAAAUUUGCCAGAAUUCAGGUUUAAUGUGUGGUUUCAGUCUAAAACUGUAGAAGAAAUUGAAAAAAGGUGCGAGUAUUUGAUAAAUGUUUUGGAUGAAGAAAGCGAUACACCAAGGAAAAAAAGGGUUAUUGAGAUGGAUGAAGAUGGGAAUAGGACAAGAGUGGAGGUGAAGCCAGAUUUUCAAUGGAUAAUCACGUUCCCAAAAAUAGUUUUAAACUAA